UGUCCCCUUGUUGCAGAGUUUACCACUGAACCCCAAGCCCUUCCUGAACGGCCUGACGGGCAAGCCGGUGAUGGUGAAGCUCAAGUGGGGCAUGGAGUACAAAGGCUACCUGGUCUCUGUGGACGGCUACAUGAACAUGCAGCUGGCGAACACGGAAGAGUACGUGGACGGAGCGCUCGCGGGGCAUCUCGGGGAAGUCCUCAUCAGGUAUUUCCAAUUGAGUCUGGAUUCAAAUCAAGUGUCAAUGAGCCAGGAGCCCUGCUCAAGAGUGACUCGGACAAGCGCCAUCCCCCCCCAA